UACAGUUAUAGUCAGUCCGGAUCGGGCGCUCGUUCAGCCGGGAUCACGCUCGGUGGCAACACGCUCUUUUCCACUAUCAUUUCUCGGCAUUUAAUCAUAUUUUUAUCAAUCAUUCCCUGACAUUAAAAUAAAAUUUAAACAAUUGUUUUCAUUUAAAUUCCAACGAUUUAUCGUUUAAAUAAUCUUGUGAAUAAUUAAAAUUGUUCUCUUAAUGAGUUUUGACUUUUUGUGACAAACGGAAUUACUCAGUGAAAUAAAAAAAGUGCCUCUGGAAUAACAAUAAUCGACGUUGAAAUUCACGGACAUGAGGGAAUUUUAAAAGUGUUGCCAAGUGAAGACGAAAUGCGGAGGAUGAAGCGAAGGAGAGGUGACGAACGCUUCAGUGGAUUAAUCCAGAGUCUUGUGUGUUAAAAUGAGAUUGUGACUGACGAGAAAAAAAAAACGAAAUCGACACUUCAAGAUUUAAUCAGGAAAUCAUAUACGAAUAAAUUAAAAUAAGGAAAUAAAUAAUAGCAAUAACAACAAAGGAAGAAAAUAAAAAUUAAAAGUGCAGUGAACAUCAGCGAGUUAUUGUGAGUUCUUGUGUAUCGAAACAGAAAUAAACGCGAUUUUUCCUCUUGACUUUAAUAAGCAGAAAAUUAAUUCUCAGAAGGACAUAGACAGGUCGAUUCCACAUUAAUUCUCGUGAGGGGUUGGAUGAGAUAAUGCGAAGUCUGGAGAGAUUAUCAGGCAGCGAUCAGGACUGUGGAGAUCAGGAAAUGUACAUCGAUCUGGAUGACGCUUCGGUCGAUUCAAUCACUGGGAAAAGAGGGCGACAUCAUGUUGCCGAGGUGGGCGAGGAGAGUGACAGCAGCGGAAGCGAACGUAGUCCAAAGCAAGCAAAACGUCGAAGUCGCGGUGGUCCACCAACGACACGAAGACGAAAAAGUGGAAUUUCAGCGAGAGAGAGAAACCUGAGGAGGCUAGAGAGUAACGAGCGAGAGCGAAUGAGAAUGCACUCCUUAAAUGACGCAUUCGAGCAAUUGAGAGAGGUAAUACCCCACGUGAAGAUGGAAAGGAAGCUGAGUAAAAUCGAAACACUUACGCUUGCCAAGAAUUACAUAAUGGCGCUUACAAACGUCAUAUGCGAGAUGCGAGGGGAGGAACAACCAUACACAUUUGUCGAUGGGGAGUGUGGCUCAAGCAGUGGUGACAGCACGGGUCAGCAUGAAUUGAGCGGUGGUGAACAAGCUGAGGAAGCAUCCCCCGCGUCCCAUCAUGAAGCAAAUAACAACAGUCUGCUACACGAGGAUCUCGAGCGCAGGAUACCUUAGUUAUAUUUUUAUUUUGUCUUUUUUUUAAUCAAAAAAAAAAAGGGAAAAAUGAUGGGAAAAAGGUAAUGAGAGAGAAAGAGAUGCGAUAAAUUAAACUUCAAAGAUUCGGAACUCCAUUAAAUGUACUCUCGUUUCGAGAGUAAAAACAAAGGUGGCUGGGAAUGGGUUUUGGGGGGAAGGGGGAGGAGGCGGUAGUAAGGUACAUGGAGAAUGCCGUUACGUGACACACAGGAUCCGACGAAUUUUAUCGAGGACACACGACGCAAUUAAGGACCGCGCCUUGAGGCUCUUAACGAUCACUUCUACCUUGUGAUUCUGUUGAGACUAACGAGUGUGAUCCCCUGCGUGAGAAACUGCGUAAUUGUUUCAUGAUGGUUAUUACCACUGCUUUUUGUAAACACAAUUCUGUGAUGAAGUUGAGAGAGAAAUGAGUGAAUGUAAUCAGAUUUUUCUUUCUUUUCAUUGCUUAUUUCAUCGGGAUUUUUUUGCGAGUAAUCACACGACGAAGUUUAUUUAUUUCACUUGAUUUCUCUCUUUGGCUUCAUUCGAGUAAUUAUGAGGGAAGCGAAAUGGCGAGACACAAAUUGGCAUUCGAGGGGGAGCAUGGCCUCAAACGCGCUACUGUGAUAGAAUAAUUUUUUUUUUUUUCGUAUUAGAGUUUUCCGUCGAUUUGAAUUCAGGGACGAAGUGGUGAAGUGAGUUGAGUCUCUCUGAUAAUGCAAUAGUUGAUUAAAAACUCCAGUUGAUUCUUCCAAUAAGAGAAAUUCGCUAACGAAGAAACCAGUCCCAUAAUAAAUGAUACAAUACACGUUUUUCCUACAGAUAUUAAUUUCUCUAAUAAGUUUCUGCCAAUUGAAUAAUUUAUAUUGAUGAUUGCUGUACUAUUUUGCUAACGAGUGACCUCAGGAAUAAAUUGAAAAACCCCUUUGAGGAUAAUUUUUUGUUGAAAAAAAAUUCUUAGAAUCACUCAUUACCAGGAUUACCAAGAUCAGGCACUUAAGAGGAAUAUAAUUCUUUUCUUGACUUGACUCGUUUUAUCACUCGAUUCCUAAAUCAUUCGCCACUUAUUCGUGUGAAUCUCGCCUUUGUGUUUCUAUUGAAAUUCAUUAGAUAGGAUUCAAAUAAACAAUAAUGUUCAUGAUCUACGUGGGAAAGUUUGUUCGUGCCUUGAUGUUAAACGUCUGAUACGUAUGUGUUUAAUGUGUUAAAUGUUGUUCUGAGAUGACGUUGAUGAUCUUAGGCAGCUAAUCGCUAUGCAAAAAAAAAAAUCGGUCUGGAAUCGUUUUUCUCUUAUUAUUCAGUACGAAACUCGACUACGCGUCGUACUGAGUAAUACAAAUAAGCAUUUAAAGAUUUAUAACAAUGAUGCAACUGCUUAGGUUGAAUUGCUCCAUUUGAUUCUUCUCAAUUGAGUAGAUUAAUGAUUUAUCUUGUGUUUUUUUUUCCGUGGAAAUCCGAUAUUUUUGAGCUGAUAUUAGGAGGAAGCUACGUCUGAGUCUGAAUUAAAUUUUCAUGUCAUAAUAUUGUUGUAUCAUUUUUUCGUGUUUAUAUGAUCUAAGACAUUCCAAAGGAUCGUGGACUGCGUCUCACGGAUUUCUGAUGAUUUUCUCUUUUCUUUUUGUAAAGAUGGUUGUGAUUUUACUUAGAAUCGAUAGGGAAAUUCGAUUUGAUGAGAGGAUUGAUUGUUAUUUUUUAAUUUAUGAUCGAGUGAGACGCAAACGUCCUCAUUUCCGUCCUUAAAUACGACAAGUUAAAUAACAUCAUUUGUUCAUGUUCAUUAGAACCUUAGAAAAAUUUGAUGGUUCAUUAUUAACUGUGCUUCCAACUUAUGAAAAUGUCAUUGUUUUAAUUGUUAUGAAAAAUUCAUCGUCGUUAAGUUGUGCUGAAUAAUUAUACUGAGAGAAAAUUUUUAUUGAGUAAUUAUUGUAUCAAAGAUUUUAUGGAGGUCAUCGAAUAUUUUUCACAAUGAAAAAUGUAUUUUUUCCGUUUAAGAAAAAGUUUUAUCAUCGUUCAUGCCUUUUCUCAAUGUAUCUUCAAUUUACACAAUUGAAUUUUAAUAAUUCCCUAGUGAAGUGACAUAAAAAUGCGAGUCAAACGAUUGUGUGUGGAGUUUAAUUGUAAAUCGCUGAGGAAGUAGUGGAUCCGAAGAACAACAUGUAAUGAAACUUUUCGUGAUCACAGAAAUUUCCUCCGAGGAAUUUUUUCUGAUGAAUUUUUCAUUCUCCGCAAUAUUCACAAAUUUUUUUGACUGUCUAUUUUUUGGAAAGGAACUUUGAUGAAUGUGUACUGAUUAAAUUCCAAUUUUGUGGACUAAUUUUUUUAACGAAAAAUAUCGGCCAAAAUUUUUUAGAGAUAAUUUUUUCUACGAAAAAUAUCUGCUGGUAAAUUUGUGAGGAACUUUUCUAUCGACGAUAUUAGCGAGAUAAUUUAGAAUACCAGUUUUUUAUACUUUGAAUGGGCUCAUUUUGAAUAGAAUCACUUCACUACUGAAUGACUUAAUAAAAAAAAUGAAGAGAAUCGUUUAAUGAGCUGUACAUGUACUUGAAGAGUUGAGAGAAUUCACCGUUUAUAUAAUGCAUAUACACGAAAAUCGUCUAUUAUACAUAUAUAUUUUAUUAUUCUAAGUUUUAUAAGUGACCAUAUUAUAUUAUCAAUCAAUUCUUCCAUCAAUGAAUUCAGGGAUAUGAUUUCAUUAUAUUGGAAAAUUGAUAGCUGCAUAUGUGUGCAGGGGAGGGGCACAUCCAUUGGAUUCUAGUUCUGAACAUACAACAAAAAUGGAUUUUUUCGAAAACUAAAUAUUCACGCAAAUCCCCUGGUAUAUGUACUUCGUAUAUUUAUGAUGAAAUAGGUAAACACGAGUGAUAAAUACCUAUGAGCGUGUGGCAACAUGAAAAUUGUAUAUAUUUUUUGAAAAAAAAAAUUAUAAUAUAAAGCGAGAAAUUAUAAUAUAUAACGUUUCACACGCUUAAAGACA